AAACGCACAGGGAUGAGGAGCGGAGUGAAGGGUGAGAAUGGCCAGCUCUUUAAGAGGUGAAGUGCUGAAUCUGUACAAAAACCUGCUGUACCUUGGAAGGGAAUAUCCCAAAGGAGCAGACUACUUUAGAAGCCGCUUGAAAGCAGCUUUCCUAAAAAACAAAGAUGUCAAAGACCCUGAAAAAAUUAGGGAACUAAUUGCGCGAGGGGAGUUUGUGAUGAAGGAGCUGGAGGCUCUGUACCACCUCCGGAAGUACCGCGCCAUGAAGCAGCGCUACUACSACGAGGACAACAACUAACCAGCCGCCCACGGGGCGGUACAAACCGGGAAGAUGAACCCAAUAAAGGAGCUGUAACUGCUCGGGCAGUGGAAAGCACGUGCUUGGCACCCCSCAAGGGCCUGCAAGCUGCUGCGGAGGCCCCCGGAACCCGCUAAGGGAUUGCUGGCAGGACUGGGGCGGGGGGAGGUUGUGACGGGGGUUAUAGGUUUUUUGUCAACUCUUACUGUCCCUGAGCUGGUGAAUGAAAAUACCUGUAUAGGAAGGAGUGGUAGAACAGCCGUGUUCAGCUGCACUUCAGCAUCGAUGCUGAACAGGCAGCUUUUCACAUUUAUCUGAAGAGCUGUUUGCUCGCACGGUGAUUCAGGUUGCCACAUUUCUUUUAUGUGGGAGAUUUACCUGGUUUUGAAAGUCCCCUGAGAUUAAUGAUCCCUUUUCCUCCACAGAUGAGCACUUUCUCAAACAUAAAGCAGGUUCUUAAAUGUUUUGACAGCGUCUGCCUAACACACGUGGGUUGGCAGCCUGGCAGAGGAACCAUCCUACUGCAUUAACAAGACACUGCAGGGUUAGGAGGAAGGCAAAGCAGAGCAGGAAUGUCCCACGUGCAGGGAACCCAAGGACAGUUCCUGCUAAGCCACCUCAGGAAGUGGGAAUAACUACUGCAGCAGGAAUAUGAAACAGGAUCCUGGUGCUCCCUCUUUGACCACCCUGGCUCCCCCAGCAUAAGCCUGAGCUGUAGCAUUUCUUCUUGAUACACUGCUUAGCUCUACAGGGGAAAAAAAUAAGUGACACCUGAGGUGGAGGAGAAGUAACCUUUGAAACAGAGGUAAGGAAUCAGCUCAAAACUGCUGGCACAGCAAUUGUUUUUACACAUGUAAAUCCCAGAAUCAUAUCCAAAAAAUUAAAAUAAGCAAGAGGGUAAGCUCCCUGGAGAGGGAGUGCGUGAAGAUGAAGUUUCCAGCACCACACUGAUCUGAGCAAUAGUCCAUCCAUAGCAAGGGAGCUUAUUGACUCCCGUGUCACCUUUAACGCACUUUAAGGGGGUUAAACUGUUCAGGAGCGUCCUUCGUGUUUCCUGGGAGCUUCCAGAAGGUGUUACAGAAGCAACCUGCCGGCCAGCUGGAGAAGGAAUGCAGAACAGCCACUCGGGCUCCUUUAACAUGCGGGCAAGUUCAGAUCAAGGUGGUGGUAGCCAAGGAGGAGGUCACUGUCACACGAGCGCGAGCUCUCCCCUCCUCUCAAGGGAGCUCGGGUGAAGGGGGAAGCCCGAGUGUGCGCGAGGCACCAGCCUGCGGGAAGCAGAGCCCUGCUCAGCAGCAGGACAACGCACACGGACCCAGGCGCAUCGGCCUUGCAGGGUGCCUGGUCGAAUGCUGCGUCCCCUCUGCGAGGGAGGCAGAGACAGCAGCGCUGUGGCUGGCCCCGAGAAACGCAAGGAAGGAACUGAAGAAGUGGCUGAACACGCGCAGCUCCU